UGGGGGGGUGGGUCGAGGGUAGAGUGGGGCAAGGUGGGCAGAGGCGGCGAGGCGAGCGGAGGGUCAGUGUUGCCCUGGCUCGUGUGCCGUUCAGAUCCCUGUGUGUUCCUCCUCGCUGUCGAGCUUUAGGAACCGGAGGAAUCACGUGCAAGGACAUCGAGACGAUCAUCAGCACCCACAAUACACUCCGGCAGAAGCUUUCCAUGGGUCAGGUGCGCAACCAGCCGCCUGCGCUGAACAUGAGGGCUAUGGAGUGGGACGACGAGUUGGCUGCUGUGGCUCAGCGCUGGGCGGACCAGUGCAUGCCGGGGCACGACAGGUCUCGCAACGUCCCCUCCACCAUAGUCUCGAUUGCAAGAAAACGCUAUAAUUACAGCGGAGCAGAUCCUAUCGAUAUAAUGGACAGGUUAACCGUGGGCACAAGUGGGCACAAGUGGGCACAAGUGGGCACAAGUGGGCACUGGGCAGCUCUCCGCAGAUAUAGCGAGUAG